AUGGUCGGAAGAAAAGAGGAGCACAGGAAAAAAAGGGGAAAAGGAAGAGGAACGCAGAAAAAAGGAACCCAUGGAAGAAGGAACACAGGAAAAAAAGGAACACAGUCCAAAUAUACACAGAAGCGCGGAAAAAUGGAACGCAGGAACGGACGAAAAAAGGAAUUCAGGAAAAAGGAAAGUAUUUUAACGAAGAAAAAAGAAACAGACGCACACAGGAAAAAAGAAACGUAUGAAAAAAGAACGCAAGAAAAAAGGAACGCAUGGAAAAAGGAAAGAAAGAAAAAAGGCAAGAAUAAAAGAAGCCAUUUAGAAAAAAUAAACACAUUAACAUGGAAAAAAGAAACACAGGAACAAGGGAAAAAAAGGAACUCAUCAGCGAAAGAAAUAGGGAACGCAAGAAAAAAGAACGCAGGAAAAAAGUAA